AUGCUACUCUUACCUGGAGGGUUCAACACACCUGCCCUAGGCUACACAGGUGUGUGUGUAUGCUUGCGUGGAUUGCUAGUGUGUGUGAGGAUCAGGGGCUGGCAGCACUCCAGUCAGGCAUCAAUCAGCCCACCUGCGCGCACACACACACACACACAAACACACACACGCCUCCCACUGGCCCUUAUUAAACAGGACUGGCCCCUCUCUUCUGCUCUUCAGGUGUGCUGAGCUCAUGGAAACAUCCCUUAUACACUUCUCACACAUGCUAACAUGCUUGUGUCAACACCCAUCACCUUUCAUUUAGGAUGAAUGUUGUACACAUUGCCUCUGAUCUUGGUUGUAUUUUUCCUUUUAGAAUAAUGGCAACAGUAGCCCACUGUUUCUUUCUCUAACCCCCCCUAUCUCUACCUCUCUCCCUCUCUUCUUUCCCCAGGUUGAAGGAGAUAGACAUGAGUGAAUAUGAUGCAUCUACCUACGAGCGUUUCUCUGGAAAUGUCAGAAGACAGGUCCAGUCUCUACGCAUAAUUCUAGACAGCUUACAGGUAACAACACACACGAUAUGUCCCAGAAUACUGUUCCCAUGUUGGUAAUAGCAGUCCUCACUGGCCCUAACAAGCACUCUGAUUGGUUGUCCAGAUGAGGGCCCCUGGACAAUGGGUGUUGCCAAAUAUCAGGAGUGUGAUUCUGUCUUUUUAUCUUUUCCUGGGAGAGGUAGGUAGUUGUACGUGUGUAAUUGGAUUUGUGUGUAUGCGUGUGAGAAGAGUGGAAAUACUUUUAGGACAUGACAAUGAUUACAGAGUAUGAGGCCAAGCUCUAUGAUUCUCCAGUCCAGGGUGGGUGGGUGGGUGUGUGUGUGUGAACGUUUUACUAUACUUGUGAUUACCAAAAGUCCUCACAAGAAUAGUAAACAAACUGAAAUUCAUAGAAGUGAGGACAUUUUUCCGGUCCGCAAUUUUAGGGGUUUGGGUUAGAAUUAGGGUUAAGGUUAGGGAAAUUUUGAUUUUGAAUUGUUGGUCCCCAAAAAGUCCACACAAGUAUAUAUAGUGCAUGCGUGCGCUCCACGCCUUGUGUGAAGAUCUAUAAUCUCUGUCUUUGAACAUGCUUAUGUUGUUUGUUUUUAUUUGUUCCUAUAAAGAGAACUAUCCUGUGUGUAUAUGAAGUAAUGUGCUAUCUUAACAUAGCUUUUUAUACACACACACACACAGUAGAGCUUGCAGGCUCCCAGGGAAAUGAAAUGAUACCCUAUUGUUUCUGUCAGCUGUAGAGAUCAGAGCAGACCGCCCCACCGGGGAAUCCCUUCUGAUAACACACACACACACACACACACACACACACACACACACACACACACACACACAUACAUACACACAGUCUUCCAUAUGUGAUUACCCACACACACACACAGUUCCAUAUGUGAUUGCCCUCAGUGUUUACUCCUAAACACAGCUCGCAAUGGACAGGGUUGCCAGAUUGAGACAUGAUCCAUAUUUUCUCACUCUGGGGAGACCCCGGUUUUGUCUUAUUCUCUGUAAUGGUUAGGAUUUUGUCAGUCAGCUGAUCCUAGUUCUGUUUUUAAGGGUGUAUCAGAUCCAGAUACAAUAGCAGUGGGCUGUUGUGACAUAACCCUGGGGUGGGGUGGGCUGGGGUGGACUGGUCUGGGCUGGACUGGACUGGGGUGGGCUGUGGUGGACUGGGGUGGGGUGGGCUGGGGUGUGCAUAGGCUACUUACUGUGCAUUAUGUGAUAUCUCAUACUGUAUCUCUUAUCUCUGUGUGUGUGUGUGUGUGUGUGUGUGUGUGUGUGUGUGUGUGUGUGUGUGUGUGUGUGUGAGUGUGAGUGUGAGUGUGUGUGUGUGUGUGUUGCGCAUAUGUGUGCACGACUGUGUAGUAGUAUUAGCUGAUAACAUCCUCUACUGUGUCUACUAGAGCUUGUCAUGUCUGUGUAGAAUGUGUGAACAGUGACCCGUCUAGCCACCAUAACCCUGUCCAGCUGUUACAUAUUAUGGACCGUUUAGGCAACUAUCGCCCGGUAAUCAAUAUAACCUUUUUCUGGUUAUCAUACUUUUUCUGCCUGUCAUACUUAAUCAAUCUUUCUUUGUUUGCCCUGUCAAAUGCCCAGAGAAAGAUUUGUAUUUGUGGUUCCAUGAAAAUAUUGUUUUUAAGUCUUCUCCUAAACAGUAGUGAUGAAACACUCUGAGCCUUCUGAUCACUGAGGGUCAGUUUCCCAAACCCAGACUAAGCUUAUUCCUGGACUACAAACACUUUCAAAGAUCCUCCAUGCUCUUAAGUCCAGGAGUAUGCUUAAUUUGGGUUAAGGAGACUGGCCCUUAGAUUGUUCUGAUUGUUUGGGAAUUAGUCUAUCCCUAUCAGAGUUGAUUAGUGGGUGAUAUGUUGACAGUGUUUCUCUGUCUGUGUCCCCAGGCCAAAGGUAAGGAGCGUCAGUGGUUGAAGAACCAGUCACUGGGAGAGCUGGACGAUGCUAAGAUCAUAGACGGACUGACGGGAGAGAAGGCUAUCUACAAACGCAGAGGAGAGGUGGAUCCAGAGGUAGGUGUGUUGUGCAUGCGCGCAUAUCUGUGUGUGUGUGUGUGUGUGUGUGUAGUUGGAUUCCUGUGGUGUGUGUGAUUAUUAUUAUUAUUGCAAAUCUAUGGUCUCGGAUCACACACAUUCUCCCAGGUUCCCACACUUAACUAGCCAUUAACCACACACACAAACACAAUGUUCCCACAUUAACACAUCCCCCCCAUACGCACGUGUACCCAAACAAACACAAACUCACUAACCAAAAUACACACACGUUUUAAUCUCACUUAGCUCCAAGCGUCAAAUAUUUUUGGUCUGUCUAGAGAGGCCACCCGUCUAUGGUAACAUAAUAAACACCCACUUAAGAGAUAUAAAGGAGAAACAAAAGAAAAUGUUUCUCCCACUAUUAAGUCAGUUAUUUCUAGGUAAUGCAAUUGAGCAGUGCCUUUUUCCAUGGAUAUCCACUUGAAGUGAUGACCAGUUUUCUGAAUGAAUGAGUUUCCCCUAGCUUUUAUUUGCUGAUGUUAAGUAGAGUGAUUAAGAUAAUGUGUCUCAGCUUGUCUCUGUGAAAACGUUCUUUUCCAGAAUAUUAUAGUAGGGAUUCUCACUUAAAACAUAGUUUUUUGUUUCUAAUAUUAUUGUGUUCCAGUUCUAUACAGUACCAGUUCCCCUGUAAUAUUCCAUCCUGCAGGGAAGUCUGUGUGUACUAUCUGUUUAAUCCUCUGUUUCUGUGUGUGUCUGUCUGUAUGUCUCUGUGUGUGUGUGUGUGUGUGUGUGUGUGUGUGUGUGUGUGUGUGUGUGUGUGUGUGUGUGUGUGUGUGUGUGUGUGUGUGUGUGUGUGUGUGUGUGUGUGUGUGUGUGUGUGUGUGUGUAUAGUUGGGCAGCCCGCAGCAGAAGCCAAAGCGUCUGCGUGUGUUAGCUGACGUGUCGGGGAGCAUGUACCGUUUCAACGGGGUGGACGGCAGGCUGGAGAGAUCCAUGGAAGCUGUGUGUAUGGUGAUGGAAGCCCUGGAGAGCUACGAACAGAAGAUCAAGGUGAGAUACACACAUAUGCACAUGCAGUAGUUUCCCGUCGGUACAAAACUAGGAUCAGCUAAAGUAUUCUUUAGACAGAAUAUGUGUUGGUUUGUCCAGACUGUAAUAUCUGUGAAGUAUAGUCACCUUUCACAGGAGAGAGAGUGCGAGAGAGAGGGUCAAAGAGAGGAAAGGGGAGGAGAGAGGGAAAGGGGGAGUGCGAGGGGUAGAGUGAUAAAUGGGUGGUGAGAGGGAGGGAGGGAUAGUGUCCAUGUCAGACGUGUGUGAGGAGUGGAGAGGAGGGUGAAGUGGCAGACUUCAUGGCCCCACAGCGUUUUCCCCUACACCACCUGACCUACUGCUCACAUAUCAGUGUUACACACACUUGCGUAACACACCUGCAUCUGAUAAAACACACACACACCUGUGCUCUACAAUCUGACAGGUGCCACCUGCUCAUAUACAUCUAAGAUAAGAUGUGCAGACACACGCACACACACAGAGACACACGCACACACAUACAGAGGCUUGCGAAAGUAUUCACCCCCCUUGUCAUUUUUCCUGUUUUGUUGCCUUACAACCUGGAAUUAAAAUAGAUUUUUGGGGGGUUUGUAUCAUUUGAUUUACACAACAUGCCUACCACUUGGAAGAUGCAAAAUAUGUUUAUUGUGAAACAAACAAGAAAUAAGACAAAAAAACUGAAAACUUGAGCGUGCAUAACUAUUCACCCCCCCAAAGUCAAUACUUUGUAGAGCCACCUUUUGGAACAAUUACAGCUGCAAGUCUCUUGUGGUAUGUCUUUAUAAGCUUGGCACAUCUAGCCACUGGGAUUUUUGUCCAUACUUCAAGGCAAAACUGCUCCAGCUCCUUUAAGUUGGAUGGGUUCCGCUGGUGUACAGCAAUCUUUAAGUCAUACCACAGAUUCUCAAUUGGAUUGAGGUCUGGCCUUUGACUAGGCCAUUCCAAGACAUUUAAAUGUUUCCCCUUAAACCACUCGAGUGUUGCUUUAGCAGUAUGCUUAGGGUCAUUGUCCUGCUGGAAGGUGAACCUCCGUCUCAGUUUCAAAUCUCUGGAAAACUGAAACAGGUUUCCCUCAAGAAUUUCCCUGUAUUUAGCGCCAUCCAUCAUUCCUUCAAUUCUGACCAGUUUUCCAGUCCCUGCUGAUGAAAAACAUCCCCACAGCAUGAUACUGCCACCAUCAUGCUUCACUGUGGGGAUCGUGUUCUCGGAGUGAUGAGAGGUGUUGGGUUUGCGCCAGACAUAGCGUUUUCCUUGAUGGCCAAAAAGCACAAUUUUAGUCUCAUCUGACCAGAGUACCUUCUUCCAUAUUUUGGCGAACACCAAACGUGUUUGCUUAUUUUUUUCUGGCCAAUCUUCCGUAAAGCCCAGCUCUGUGGAGUGUACGGCUUAAAGUGGUUCAAUGGACAGAUACUCCAAUCUCCGCUGUGGAGCUUUGCAGCUCCUUCAGGGUUAUCUUUGGUCUCUUUGCUGCCUCUCUGAUUAAUGCCCUUCUUGCCUGGUCCAUGCGUUUUGGUGGCCGGCCCUCUCUUGGCAGGUUUGUUGUGGUGCCAUAUUCUUUCAAUUUUUUAAUAAUGGAUUUAAUGGUGCUCCGUGGGAUGUUCAAAGUUUCUGAUAUUUUUUUCUAACCCAACCCUGAUCUGUACUUCUCCACAACUUUGUCCCUGACCUGUUUGGAGAGCUCCUUGGUCUUCAUGGUGCUGCUUGCUUGGUGGUGCCCCUUGCUUAGUGGUGUUGCAGACUCUGGGGCCUUUCAGAACAGGUGUAUAUAUACUGAGAUCAUGUGACAGAUUGCACACUGGUGAACUUUAUUUAACUAAUGAUGUGACUUCUGAAGGUAAUUGGUUGCACCAGAUCUUAUUUAGGUGCUUCAUAGCAAAGGGGGUGAAUACAUAUGCACGCACCACUUUUCCGUUAUUAAUUGUUUUGAAUUUUUCCACUUCACCAAUUUGGACUAUUUUGUGUAUGUCCAUUACAUGAAAUCCAAAUAAAAAUCCAUUUAAAUUACAGGUUGUAAUGCAACAAAAUAGGAAAAACGCCAAGGGGGAUGAAUACUUUUGCAAGGCACUGUAUACUAACACACACACCAGCCUGUAUGCAAGUUAUAAAAGAGAGGAAACUAGACGACUUCAGUGUUGCAUUCCAGAGCAUCAUAAAGUCAUGUUUAGAAGAAGCUAAGCCCAUGUUUAGUCAACAGGGUUCAUACACACACACAUACAAAACACAUUGAAUGAGAAGGUGUGUCCAAACUUUUGACUGGUACUGUACAUACAUACACACACACACACACACACACAGGGCCAUGCAUAGACCUUUCAGGGGGCAGGUGUUCAAAAUAUAAAAAAGGGCACCCACUAAAUGCCUCUGUAGAGAAAAAUGCAUUUUUAGCAUAGGCCUAUUUAUUUCUGCAACAACACACUCAUCAUCAAUUUGAAGCAAGCGGGAAACGAGGGUAGGCUAUCAGCUGAUUUUUUGUAGCCUAGGGUCCGGGAGAAAAUGUGGCCUUAUAUACACGCAUUUCAUGCAAUUCUACAUCAUUUUACAUGACUGGAGACUUUGACAGAAUCUUUUUUAAAUGACAGACUACUUUGACACUGACAAACUGAGAAUCUGAGAUCAAUAAAAAACGACCUCAUCUUGAAUCCAUCAAUAGCCUAGGUCUAGGUGUGUGGAGACACAUAUUGUACAAUAUGAGGAGGAAAUUAUGCGCAGCUUACUCUCCGGCGAUGGCCGAUGCGCUCGUGCCAAAAGCCUAUAUCUCUCUCUUAUUUUACUUUGUAAAACAAUGUUCGCUCAAUAUGCCUAUUUGGAAGUUGAUAAAAUAUUUUGAUAGCCUACAUCAGACAGAUUAGAGUAUUUUAUUUUCAGCAGGAGCCAUUUGCUUUCCAACCAGUGUUUUCUCAAGAUUGUAUUUGAAAUAUUGAGAAAGGCCUGUUUUGAAUUCAUGCUGUUCACUGACAGAUUUGCUGCGCGUUCCCGCCUGUAGGCUAUGCCUUCUUAUUGGGCAACACACAAUCCACAGCUAGACUUGUUUUAAAGAAGCUGUUGAUCCUUCCUCUGUGGCUAAAUUAUAGGCCUACUUAUGGUGUAGUAGGCUUUUCUGAAUUAUUUCAUUUAUUUCUGAACAGACAGCAAUAAUACUGUAACUUUGACACAUUUAUUUAAAUGUAUCAGGGGUGCUGCAGCACCUCCAGCACCCUUCCCGUGGCUAUGAUUCUAUGAGGAAAUAAAUGAUGAAGUGCUGCUGCCGUAGCCAACCAGACCAAAUAUUGAUGAUGAUGUAAAUCAAGUGUUAAUCAAAUGUUAUGCUGCUGUGGCAGCACUGUUGAUAUUUAAAAUAGGUAGCUUGCUACACACGGUGAUCGCAUCUCGCCAUGCAUUUUUGGAUACCGGGCGCACGCUAUCUCUGUACAGGGCAGACUGGGAAAAAGGCACAACCAGGCGCACGUGAGCUCCGUACAGGGUAGACCAACGGACGGGGUAGGGUUAGGGGGAUGACGAACUUGACGACGUCACGACGACUUUGGGGCAGUGGCUUCAGAACAACAAUGACAAAAACGGUAUACAAAAAAACACCCAAAUGGGCACUUGGCGAGUGGGAGGGCAAAGGGGCAGGUGCUCGGGCACAGGUAGAUCCCUAUCUGUGCACGUGCCUGCACACACACGUAACAGUGAGACAGGAGUGAUGCCAUGUGACACUAGAUAUGGGGAGUUCCACUGUAGGACACUUUAUCUGACUCUGGGUUAUGUGAAAACUAGGUUUUAAAAGAUGAUUGAUGGCAGAAGUGUGUGACUAGGCUGACAUACUGGGCUCUGGCAGAGACAGAAUACCCUUGACCCUCCAUAAAUAUGAGCCCUAAUAUCACUGGAUCAUCAGUGCCAUCCCCGGCUAUAGCAGUGGACCAACAUAGCAGCAGGGGGGAAUGCUUGGCUUUGCUUUCUAGGCAGUGGUGAUAGGUUGAGAACCAGGGUUGGAGAUGUAUUGCAUGAUGUUGUAUGCUCCUUUUUAUUCACAAGGCUGAAAAUAUGCAAAACCAUGUCACAUGCGCCGAAUACAACAGGUGUAGACUUUACCGUGAAAUGCUUACUUACGAGCCCUUUCCCAACAAUUCAGAGUUCAAAAGUAAGACAAAUGUGCAAAAAAGGAAAUAGUACACAAUAAAAUAACAAUAACGAGACUAUAUACAAGGAGUACCAAUACCGAGUCAAUGUGAAGGGGUACGAGGUAGUUGAGGUAAUAUGUACAUGUAGGUAGGGGUAAAAGUAACUAGGUAAUCAGGAUAGAUAAUAAACAGAGUAGCAGCAGUGUACAGGUAUGUGAAGAGUGUGAAAGUGUGUGUAUGUGUGUGGCGUCAAUAUACAUGCGUGUGUGUGUGUAAGUGUGUGGGUAGAGUCCAGUGGGUGUGCAUAGAGCCGGUACAAGAGAGUACGUGCAAAUAAAAAGGGGGUGGCUGGAGUCUUGGACAAUUUUUAGGGCCUUCCUCUGACACCGCCUGGUAUAGAGGUCCUGGAUGGUGCUGUACUGGUUCAACCAGUUGCCAUACCAAGCGGUGAUGCAGCCAGUCAAGAUGCUGUCAAUGGUGCAGCUGUAGGACUUGCUACGUAUAGGUCAUAAGUUGUUUUACCUCAGCUUUCUCUCUUUUCUCCAGUAUGACAUUGUGGGUCAUUCUGGUGAUGGUUACGACAUAGAGCUGGUCAGAACAGACAAGGUCCCCAAGAACAACAAACAGAGACUGAAGGUCCUCAAGGUACGGACCCAACUCCACUUCACUCUACCCCACUCUACCGAACACUAGCCUACUCUAUAUCUCACUCUACUCCACUGACUCUACCUCACUCUGCCUCUACCCCACACUAUCCCGCUCAACCUCACUCUACCCCACUCAACCUCACCCUACCUCACUCAACCUCACACUAUCCCACUCAACCUCACACGGCCCAACCAAACCGACACGAGCACACGCAACCAACAAGACAACACGCAACCGCACGCGAACCGAACAACAACCGCGCACGACCCACGCAACCGACCGCACCGAACAAGACCCCACGCAGCGCACGCGACCCACGCAACCACCGAGCACAAACAACCACCCGACACACGACCCCAAAAACCAAACAAAAGCCACCCUAACCACCACGACCCACUCAACUCACACGACCCCACGCAACCUCACACUACCCCAGAAACCCACUCAAACUGCACACUACCCACGCAACGCACACGACCCCACUAAAAUACACACAACCCACUCAACCCACAAGACCCCACUCAACGUCACUUACCUCACACGACCCCACUCAACUCACACUACCCACGCAACGCACACUACCCCACAAAACCCACAAUACCCCACAUAACCUACAACCCACGCAAUAUCAACUCGACCCCACUCAAUCUCAUCUAACCCCACAACCCCACACAACUCCACGCGACCCACAAGACCCCAGCAACCCACACUACCGCAACGCAACCUCACAUUACCCCACUCAACCUCACUCUACCUCACACUACUCCAUUCAACUUCACACUACCCCACUCAAACUCACUCUACCGCACACUACCCCACUCAACCCACAACGACCACACGCUACGCACUCAACCUCACAUACCCACGCAACCUCACCCCACUCUACCCCACACUGCUCCACUAACCCACACGACCCCACGCAACGCCCACGACCCCACGCAACCGCACACGACCCACGCAACCGCACACGACCCACGCAACCGCACACGACCCACGCAACCGCACGCGACCCACGCAACCCACGCAACCGCACACGAGCCCACGCAACCGCACGCGACGCUACCACCGAACGCACGCAACCGACGCGACCCACACGACCCGACGAGAGAGCGCAGGGACCAACCACUAACUACAACGACCGAACCCACCUAACCAAACCCACAUACUACCCCACACUACGACCCCACACAACCUCACACACCCCACGACGCAAACCCUAAACACCCAACACCCACACGCCCACUCAACCUGCACACUACCACCAACGGCACACGAAACGCAACCGCACACUACCCCACGCAACACGCGACCCCACACGACACAAGCGAAGCGCACGGACCCCACUCAACUAACUCCACCCACACUACCCCACUCAACACACCCACAACCCAAAACCGCACACAACCACCUACCUCACACUACCCCACUCAACCUCACACUACCCCACUCAACCCCACACAACCUCACACUACCCCACUCAACUUCACUCUACUCUACCCUACCUAACCUCACUCAACCCUACUCUACCCCACACUACCCUACUAUAUAUCUCACUUUACCCCACUCAACCUCAUUCUACCUAUUCUACCCAUUCUACCCUACCAAUUCUCGUCUCCUGUCCUCUCUUCCACUGUGUGUGUGUCCUCACCUCUCUCUCUGCCCUCUCCAGAACAUGCAUGCCCACUCCCAGUUUUGUAUGAGUGGAGACUACACCCUGGAGAGCACAGAGGCUGGCAUCAGGGAGCUGGCACGCGAGGACGCUGACGAGCGCUUCGUGGUGGUGCUGAGCGACGCCAACCUGGAGCGCUACGGAAUCACGCCCGAACGCUUUGCCCGCGCCCUGACCUCGGACCCCCAGGUCAACGCCUUUGCCAUCUUCAUCGGCUCGCUGGGCGACCAGGCCGACAGGUGAGAAGAUGGUGGAAGGAGAUAGUGUGUGUGUCAAGCCGUGAUGAUUGUUUAUCGUAACAGGUGACUCAAGUAAGUAGGCUCCUACAUCAAGCACUUACUGGAGGAUAUAACAGUAUAGUUUGACCAGUACUUUAUCCUACCCACACAGUGUGCUGCCUGCUGUUCAGUAGUCCUUUGUAGUCUUUGUUCUCAAUGAAAUCCCAGUUUAAAGAGAUUCUAAAUACAGGACCAAGAAGGAUAAGUGCUCUCUUAAACCUAAUUAUCCUUCUCUCUCUGCCCCUGACACAUACACACAUACAGUGUUGUCUGGCCUGUGUUAUGGCUUGUGUGGUUCGCGUCGCGUGUCCUUUGAAGUCUGAACGGUGUGGGCCAUAUUGUUUGUCGUUCUGUCCCGGCCUCAGGCUGGAGAAUGUCAAUGGGUAGCUUUAACCUCCGUCUCAGUCUCUCACUAUAGCUUAGGACCAAGUUAGAGAGAGUGAGAGAGCAAGGGGGAAAGAAGACAGAGAGUUAUAUGUGGCAGUACAUUCCUCCCUGUUUCUGUGGCUAAGGUUGUGGCUGUGGUGUCUCUAAGCUGGUCACUGCCAUGGCCUAAAAAGCAGUGAUCAUGACAUAACGACCGGAAUAAAAAGAAAAAGGAUGGGGGGGGGGGGGGGGGGGUUGAGGGAGGCAGCUAACCAUGGGAAGAGAGAGAGAGAGAGAAGGGGAUCAAGUCAGUUCUGUCUGUCAAUGACAGCUAUUGUCUCGCAUUCAUUCAUUGGCUCAGGAAACAUCUGGAUCAUUUGUCCUCACAAAGUGGGGUCUCUUUCUCAAUGGAGUGUCCACAUUCAGCUACUGAACACACUGUGGGUUGAAUCUUGUCAUCUAUUUCUGUUCAGAAAUUUGACAGUAGAAGGUCACUAUCUCUCUCUCUCUCUAACUCGCUCUUCUCUCGCUCUGACUUUUUGUCAUUUUUCUCCUCUCUCUCUCUCUCUCUCUCUCUCUCUCUCUCUCUCUCUCUCUCUCUCUCUCUCUCUCUCUCUCUCUCUCUCUCUCUCUCUCUCUCUCUCUCUCUCUCUCUCUCUCCAGGCUCCAGAGAACAUUGCCGGCUGGGCGGUCCUUCGUUGCCAUGGACACCAAGCACAUCCCUCAGAUCCUGCAACAGAUCUUCACCUCCACCAUGCUGUCCAGUGCCUGA